AUGAAAGCGGCUGGGUGGAUGAUAUUUAUUGGUGAUAUGUUACAUAAUUUCAUCGAUGGUUUAACAUUAGGUGCUGCAUUUAUGGUUUCAAUUGGUGAAGGUCUUCGAAUGUCAUUUCCGAUAAUAUGUGAAGAAUUUCCUCAUGAAUUAGGAGAUAUUGCUGUUCUACUUAGUAGUGGUUUAACUAUCGGACAAGCAUUAAUAAUGAAUUUUCUCUCAGCAUGUAGUUGUUAUCUUGGUUUUAUAAUUGGCGCUAAAUUAGGUGAACUUGAACAAUUUCAUCCAUGGAUUUAUGCAUUAGCAGGCGGAAUGUUUGUCUAUAUUGGUCUUGCAGAUAUGAUACCUGAACUUGUUUCUAUGGGUGAUGAAAUUGAAAAAGAUUAUUUACAGGCAAAUCAAGCAGUAACAACUGUAGUGAAACUUAAAAUUUUAUUGUGUCAAAAUAGUGGUUUAAUAUUAGGUUUUGUUAUUAUGUUUGUAUUAGGAAAAUAUGGUGAACAUUUGGAAAAUUUAAUUAAAUUCUAA